AUGCAACACCAAACACCCUCACCGUUCUCCCAGCAAUUGAACUUGAGUGUCGAUGAAAUCAUGAAACCAAAGAAUCAGGCCAGGAGCAGCAAACUCAGAAGGGAUCUGAUUGAAACUACCAAAACAUUGGCCCCUUUGGGCAUCAAGUUGGAGCCUCCAAGAGACGGGGAUUGGCUUGCCGAACACGACGAAAAGGGACAAACAUUUCUUCGGUAUUUGACAUCGGACCCUGUGGCCGCCACACCCAGUCGCAACAAGAUCUACAUAGUUCCCUUGGGCGACUUUACCGACGAGCAGCACGAGUUGGUGCGUCGUGUUUCCGAGUUCAUGGCGGCAUUUUACGGACUGCCGGUUGUAGUGCAGGACGUUGUGGGUCUCGAGUCUGUCAACAAAAACAAACAGCGCGUCCACCCGGAAUGGGGCGACAAGCAAAUCUUAUCCACAUUUAUCCUGGACAAGCUGACAAAAUACUUGCCUCCUGAUGCAGCCACCUAUCUGUGUUUCACGAGUUCCGAUCUGUGGCCUCGUGAUGGGUGGAACUUUGUAUUUGGCCAGGCAUCUUUGGUGAAUCGAGUCGGUGUUUGGUCGUUUUAUCGCCACGGCAGUAAGUUUUCAAAGUGCUUGAAACGGACUCUGUCGACGGCGGUGCACGAGACGGGUCACAUUUUCGGCAUGCGGCAUUGCACGGCCUAUUCCUGCGGCAUGUGCGGAUCCAAUUCCUUACCGGAAUCGGAUCGACGACCCAUCCACUUUUGUCCCGAAUGUACCCCCAAAGUGAGUUGGGCAACUGGUGUGGACCUGGUGGAACGUGCCAAGAACUUGGCGGCGCUUUGCGAGGAAUGGGGCUUGAACCAGGAAGCCGAAUACUAUGCCCGGUCCGUCGAGCUUCUCUCUUCAGCCAAACCAGACUACUCCUGGGAACACCACCGGGAACACCAGCAGAAAUUUCAGUAG